AGUACCUCUUGGAGGAUCUACUUCCAACUAUAAGAACCCCAUCUUGCCCCAUCGCCACUCCCACUCCCCUUGCCAACCCGCAGAGACGCAAAAUCCCUAUUAAUCCCUCUUCUCCCCCAAAAGGAACGUAACACUGUAAGAAAAAAAAAAAAGAAAACGAGAGAGAAAAACCACAAAAAUGCUGGAGCAAGCGAUCCCGUCGAUCUGGGCGUCGUUCCAUAGCUGGCUCACCCCCGCCGUCCUUUUCGUGCUCCUCAACCUCGUCAUCGGCACCAUCGCCAUCACCUCCAAGGGCAACCGCCGCGACGCCGACGCCGGCGGGGGCGACCCCCGCAAGCUAUCCCGCUCGCCUUCCCUCGUCCUCGACCGCCUCCGCUCCUUCGACCUCUACCGCUACUGCUCUGGCGACAUCCCCCUCGAGACCGCACCCGCGCCGUCGGCCCUCCUGUCCGAGCCACUCGAAACCCUCCCCGCCUCGCCGGAUCCCGCCAUCGCCGCCGAAUCCGAGGCCCCGGAGGCCGAUCCCGCCGGCGAGGAGCACCACCAAGUCUGCCGGAGCCAGUCGGACGCGCACCCGACGGCGGGAGAGGUGCCGGUGAAGCUGGCGGCGAAGAUGAAGAAGUCGGCGAGCGACAAGUCGGCGUUCGCGCACUUCGAGGCCGAGGAGGCGGAGGUCAUGAUACGGCGGCCGGCGACGGCGCGGGCGAGGACCGGGCGGGAGGAGGAGAACGAGGGAGGAGAGGUGGAUGCCCGUGCCGACGACUUCAUCAACCGCUUCCGGCAGCAGCUCAAGCUUCAGCGGCUCAACUCCAUCAUGAAGUACAGGGAGAUGCUCAACCGUGGAGCUGGAAAUUAAAUUUAGCAAUUACUGGCUAGUACCAUAAAAUAAUAACCGAAUUUUUUUUUUUUAAAGUAGGGUAUUACUUUCGUCUAUCUCGAAAAAUAGCUGCAGAAAAUCUUCUCAGAUUAUUAGUUUGCUAUAUUUGUCGUCGCUAGUGGUUAUUAUUACCUAAUGUCCUGAACUUUUUGGCUUGGUUCGUGUUGGUACGUGGUAGCUUUGUAACUCAUUUUUAUUUUAUAUAUUAUUAUUUUUUCAUUUCACGA